AUGAAGCUUCUCAUCCUGGCCGCUCUGGUCGGCUUUGUAUCCGCUGGGGUACACCAAAUUACCUUGACCAAAAUCCAAUCCAAGAAGGAUAAGAUGAUCAAGGCUGGUACCUGGAAGGAGUACAUUGCCAAGAAGAACGAGCAAAGAGCUAGCAUUAUCAGAUCCAACGGAGCCGUUGUUCCUGAGAAUGUUAAUGACUACGAAGAUGAAGCUUACAUCGGAAACAUUACCAUUGGAUCUAACCAACAAACUUUCCAAGUCAUCCUUGAUACUGGUUCUUCAAACCUCUGGGUUCCUGACAAAACUUGUGGAGUCACCCAUGGAGAUUGCACUCAGAAGAAGUGUGGCCCUGGACUCUGCGCUUUGGAAUGCGACGACCAAUCUUGCUGUGGAAGUGGAUCCGAAAACCCAUGUGAUAACAAGCACAAGUUUGAUUCUUCUGCUUCUUCCACCUAUGUUGCCAACGGAAAGGCAUUCAAGAUCCAAUACGGAACUGGAUCCGCUGUCGGUUUCCUCGGAACUGAUACUGUCAGAUUCGGAGAUCAGGGAACUCAGCAACUUGUUGUUCCACAAACCACUUUCGGUCAAUCCACCAGCUUGGCUCAAUUCUUCGCUGAUCAACCAAUUGAUGGAAUUCUUGGACUCGCUUUCCAAAGUAUUGCCGUUGAUGGUAUUACACCACCAUUCAUUAACGCUGUUAAUCAAGGUCUUGUUGAUCAACCUCUUUUCACUGUUUUCCUCGAGCACGUCGGAGCUAAGGACAAUGUCUACGGAGGAGUUUACACUUACGGAGGAAUUGAUACUACUAACUGUGGUCCAGUGAUCGCUUACCAAUCUUUGUCUUCUCAGACAUACUGGCAAUUCAAGAUGGAUGCUAUCGGAAGCGGUAACUACAAAUCCAGCAAGGGAUGGCAAGUAAUCUCUGACACUGGUACUUCCUUGAUCGGAGGACCAAAGGCUGUUAUUGCCGGAAUCGCUAACGCUGUUGGAGCCACCUUCGUUGCCGAUUAUGAUAUGUACAGCUUGCCAUGCAACGCUACUAUCCCAACUGUUGACAUCACUAUUGGAGGAAAGACUUACAGCAUUGACAGCCGCAACUCCAUUGUUCCUGGAGAUGAAACCACUUGCUUCUUCGCUCUCUUCCCAUACAACAGCUUCGGUUUCGGUCCAGGUUGGAUUCUUGGUGAUCCAUGGAUUCGUCAAUACUGUAACAUCUAUGAUGUUGGAAAGAGCAGAAUCGGAUUCGCUCCUUCUCUCCAGAAGAACUAA